AUGACAAAAGAGUAUUAUAAAUCAAAAACUGGAUCGACUGGAAAAUUAAGCUCGACAGCACUAUUGCUAAUGACCGAAGACAUCGUUAUCACUGAUUUCCAGUUGCAGCAUCUGAAUAAGAUGCUUGCAAAGUUAACACCACAGGAAAUAUUGCAGUGGUCUCUUGUCUCAUUCCCCAACCUGUUCCAAACCACAGCCUUUGGUUUGACAGGGCUUUGCAUCCUCGACAUGUUGGACAAAUUGGACUUGGACCCUAUCGACUUGGUCUUCAUCGAUACCCUGUACCACUUUCCUCAGACCCACGAUCUCAUAGCUAAGGUAAGAGCUAAGUACCCAAAAUUCAAGCUCCAUAUUUAUAAACCCAAGGACUGCGAUACCGCUGAGGAGUUCCAGCAGAAAUAUGGCGACGAGCUUUGGUCGAAGGACGAACUCAAGUACGAUUUUCUUGCGAAAGUGGAACCGCUUCAGAGAGCACAUAAAGAAUUGAAGAUCAAGGCCGUGUUCACUGGUAGAAGAAGAUCGCAAGGAGGGGCGCGCUCGCAACUUCCUAUUAUCGAAAUCGAUACUAAUCUUAAUGUGAUCAAAAUCAGUCCUCUUGCCAGCUGGGAUUUUGGGAUGGUUGAAAGCUACAUUAAGGAACACAAUGUGCCGUACAACGAGUUACUCGACCUUGGGUACAAGUCAAUCGGAGAUUGGCACUCGACAGAGCCAGUUGCUGAUGGAGAGGACGAGCGUGCUGGCAGAUGGAAGGGGAAGGCCAAGACAGAAUGCGGGAUCCACCAGACCUCGAAGUACCAGCAGUUUCUAAACGAGGUUAAAUAG